AUGGCGUGGCCAGAAAAGGCACUUGCUGCCAAAUUUGACAACAGCAUGCCUCCUGUAGAUGACCCACCCCGGCGAUUAUCCAAGACUGGGACAAGCCUCUAUGCCGUGCUGGAACUAAGGAAGGGUGCCCAGCCUGAAGAGAUUAAAAAGGCCUACAGGAAGCUGGCCUUGCAGUAUCAUCCGGACAAAAAUCCAGGGAACCCUCAAGCGGCAGAAUUCUUCAAAGAGAUCAACGCAGCCCAUGCUGUACUCAGUGACCCUACAAAGAAGAAAAUCUACGACCAGCAUGGCUCGCUAGGCAUCUACCUGUUUGACCACUUUGGUGAAGACGGCGUCAGAUACUAUUUUAUAGCACACAGUUGUUGGUUCAAGGUGCUGGCCCACAGAGAGUCCCCUGCCACUAGCCCACUGGACACACUGAAGAGAGAAGUGAGUAGCCCUGCCUGACACUGACCCUGAUUUGACUCCUGUUCUUAAAAACAAUUCCUGUCAAAGGUGAUGAUGACACCAUCCUAGGAAGGACUUGGCUGCCGCCCCCUCCCCCGCCAAUGAGCCUGUCCCCACAGUACCUUCUGGAAACUCUUCUUUUUAGCUCUAGCUCCGCUCGCAUCUUAUCCACAUGAGGUGGCAAGCCAUAGUGGCAAGUGUUUGCCGAGAAGUCUUUUCCCAGUGGGUGGUGCCCGGGCACUUGUCAGUGUCAGGUGGGUUCCUGAGCACGUACUGACGACUUCACCAAGAUCCUGAUCACAGAGCAAAGUGGCUCCUGUCUCAAGAGC